AUGGAAGCUGACAUGUCUCAAGAUCUGCAAGAGGUCACGCUGAAGGUCCACAUCAGUGACGCCAGCACCCAUCAGCCCGUCCCCGACGCGCUCAUUGAGAUUUUCACCAACCAGGUGUCCAUCGCCUCUGGCACCUCGGGGACAGAUGGCGUCGCCUUCGUCAAGUUCCAGUAUAAGCUGGGCAGUCAGUUGAUCGUCACCGCCACGAAGCAUGCCUACGUGCCCAACUCUGCCCCGUGGAAGCCAAUCCGAUUCCCCGUAUUUUCUUCACUGAGCCUUGGCCUGCUUCCAGAACGAUCUGCUACUCUCAUGGUGUAUGAAGAUGUUGUACAAAUAGUCUCAGGAUUCCAAGGUGCCCGGCCGCAGCCCCGUGUCCAUUUCCAGAGGAGAGCCCUUAGGUUGCCCGAGAACAGCAGCUACAGCGACCUGACCGCUUUUCUCACGGCCGCCAGCUCCCCCGUGGAGGUGGACAGCUUCCCUUAUUUGCGAGGAUUGGAUGGAAAUGGAACAGGAAAUGGCACCAGGUACGACCUGACCCCGGUCACAGCUGUCAGCGUCCACUUGCUCAGCAGUGAUGGAACACCGGUGCUGGUGGAUGGUCCCAUUUAUGUCACCGUGCCCCUGGCCACGCAGAGCAGUCUGAGACACAAUGCCUACGUUGCAGCGUGGCGGUUUGACCAGAAACUGGGAACUUGGUUGAAGAGUGGUCUGGGCCUCGUGCACCAGGAAGGCAGCCAGCUGACGUGGACGUACAUUGCCCCUCAGUUGGGCUACUGGGUGGCGGCCAUGUCUCCUCCCAACCCAGGUCCCGUUGUCACGCAGGACAUCACCACGUAUCAUACGGUGUUUCUUUUGGCCAUUUUAGGAGGAAUGGCUUUCAUUCUUUUGGUUCUGCUGUGUCUCCUUUUGUAUUAUUGCAGGCGGAAGUGCCUGAAACCUCGUCAACACCACAGAAAACUGCAGCUCCCCGCAGCCCUCGAGAGUUCCAAAAGAGAUCAGUCAACUUCCAUGUCGCACAUCAACUUGCUGUUCUCGCGUCGGGAGUCGGAAUUCCCUGGCCCGCUCUCUGUCACCAGCCACGGCCGCCCGGACGCCCCGGGCACCAAGGAGCUGAUGAGCGGAGUCCAUUUAGAAAUGAUGUCUUCCAACGGAGAGGUGGACAUGCACACCCCCAUGCUGAAGCUCUCCUACAGCACCUCCCAGGAAUUCAGCUCUCGGGAGGAGCUUCUCUCUCAGAAGGAAGAGGACAAAAGCCAAAUCUCCUUUGACAACCUGACACCGAGUGGGACGUUGGGAAAAGACUACCACAAGUCGGUUGAGAUUUUUCCCUUAAAGUCCAGGAAAUCCAUGGAAAGAGAAGGCUAUGAGUCCCCUGGCAACAGCGAGUACAGGAGGAGUUAUAACGCCAUGCUCUCACAGCCUUUAUUUGAAAAGCAAGACAGAGACGGUCAGGCCUCCGUUCACCACAUUUCCACAGGAAGCAAGCUCACCAUUCAGGAACAUAUGUACCCUGCGCCUUCAUCUCCUGAGAAAGAACAGCUGCUGGACCGCAGACCUACCGAAUGUAUGAUGUCGCGAUCAGUAGACCACCUAGAAAGACCUACAUCUUUCCCGCGGCCCGGCCAGCUGAUCUGCUGUAGUUCCGUGGACCAGGUCAAUGACAGCGUUUACAGGAAAGUAUUGCCUGCCUUGGUCAUCCCCGCUCACUAUAUGAAACUCCCAGGGGACCAUUCCUAUGUGGGCCAGCCCCUGGUCGUUCCAGCUGACCAGCAGCUGGAAAUCGAGAGACUGCAGGCUGAGCUGGCCAGUCCUCACGCAGGGAUCUUCCCACACCCCUCCUCGCAGAUCCAAGCCCAGCCCUUGUCUUGCCAGGCAAUCUCUCAGCAGCACUUGCAGGAUGCGGGCGCCCGGGAGUGGAGCCCACAGACGGCGUCCAUGUCAGAGUCUCUCUCCAUCCCAGCAUCCCUGAACGAUGCGGCCUUGGCUCAGAUGAACAGUGAGGUCCAGCUCCUGACUGAGAAGGCUCUCAUGGAACUUGGGGGUGGGAAGCCACUCCCACACCCCCGGGCCUGGUUCGUCUCCCUGGACGGCAGGUCCAACGCGCACGUUAGACAUUCCUACAUUGAUCUCCAAAGAGCUGGAAGGAACGGAAGUAAUGAUGCCAGUUUGGAUUCUGGCGUGGAUAUGAAUGAACCAAAAUCUGCCCGGAAGGGGAGAGGAGACCCCUUGUCUCUCCCGCAGAACCACCCGCCUGUCCAGGAGCGUCCGCAGAAAGAGCCGAGGGCUGCCGACGGCACCGCCUACACACAGCUCGUGUACCUGGACGACGUGGACCAAAGCGGAAGUGAGCGUGGCACCACCGUCUGUACCCCCGAUGACAGUGCCCUGCGAUGCUUGUUGGAUGGCUCCGGCCGGAGGAGCGGCGGCCAGCUGCCCAGCCUGCAGGAGGAGACGACAAAACGAACUGCGGAUGUCCCCCCGGAGCCGUUAGCCAGUCCCGAACAGAGCCGAUCUGCUCACGAGGACGAGGAGGACGAAGACGAUGAGGACGACCAAGGAGAAGACAACAAGAGCCCUUGGCAGAAGCGGGAGGAGAGACCCCUGAUGGCAUUUAACAUUAAAUGAGCCGUCGCAGAGCCACCCGACAGUGGAAUAUAGCAAAAUUGCCAAAAAUUCUUUCUUAAGGAAGCACUUACCUGCUUGCAGAGGCGGUCCAACUCAGCAGCCGUGGGAAGUGGACUUUUACUGCGUUACCGUUUGCUGUGUAAAUGUUAGAAAGGAAUUCAAAUUAUUACUCAGAUAAAGGAUGCGCUCAUGGAGGCCGCACCUCCAGGGAGGUGGUGAACGUAGGUGAACCCCGUGUCUGAAUGUCAUUCCACGUACUUGACAUGUCCACCCCCCAGGACACUGAAAAACCACAAGUGAUGUUGCUAGGUUUUGAUGAUAACCUCAGUUCUCCCUCAGAUCCUGGGAACAGAUGAAACUCUUUUUGCAUUGCUUGAAUCAAUUUUAUCAUGAUAAUGCUCCUGUGAAGUUAUUAUUGAGAAAUUAGCUUGGCACCUAGUGUCUCGAGGUAUGCGUUCUCUCAAAGGAAAGCUAUGCAUCGCUGUUUCGUGGUCUUACUUUGCUUCAAUUUUUGCUUUGGUUAGGUUUCGUUUGGGGUUUGCUUUUUUCAAAACAAUUUGGUUGUAAAAAUUUUAUUCCUUGAUUUUCAUCUGUUCUGCUUCUCGGUGGUUUAUUUCGGUGUCUCCUUUCAGGAAUUCCUAAGUGUCAUCUCUUAACAUCCAAGCUUUCUAAUGAAAUUGUACUGAAGUUUUUCUCAGCUAAGAGUCCUUCAAUUCUGGUCCCAUUCACUCCAAGUGCCUUUUUUACAGUGACAGCAGACAGUCCCUCACUUUAUUUUGCUUUGUUUGCUUUUCUUAACUCCUUUAAUUGAACUGCCUGGAUUUUAUAGUUAUGAAAUGAUACCCCUUUUCUUUAUACUGCAUGCUGCCAAGUGCCCAAUUUGUGCUCAGAAUUCUCAUUUCAACGCAGUGUACUCUCUAGUUCUCCUGUGUGACGUGGAUUCUGUUUAGCGAAGAUAGACUAGAGGACACUUAGAGAUCCCCGUCCCUCCUCCAUCCUUUUGGCCGCUAGCCGCCGUUAUGGUUUCAUUGGCUGUUUGUAUAUACGAUUACAUAUUAACUCUGGAAUCCUAUGGGCUGACUUUUGCUCACCAGACAUGGAGUAUGGAGUGAGCAAGUGGACCGAAUGUGACUAUUAAAUAAAUCCUAUGUACUAUCCGAAAGUGCCAGAAUGACUCUUCUGUGCAUUCUCCUUAAAGAGCUGCUUGGUUAUCCAAAAAUGAAAACUCAAAAUAAACUCUGAAGGAAA